AUGACGACGGUGUAUUCUGAUGAUGAGUUCUUCAAUGCCUGUGAGGAUAAACGCAAUGACAUUGCGGUUAAGACAGAACCUCUUAUUGAGACUGUUGUGACUACGACUACCACUACUGAGAGACUGAGCAGACGCUCAAAGCUAUGCUAUGCUAUUGGUGGGAUUCCAUUUCUGAUGUGUAAUAACGUCAUUUCGUUCUACAUAUCCAUCUUUUUACUGGAGGUCGCCGGGAUACGGCCAGGAUAUGCAAGUGUCGUUGUCUUAUUUAAAAGUGUAUGGGAUGCAAUCACAGACCCCACCGUUGGUAUUUUAAUUGACAAACUUGACUCAAGAUUUGGAAAAAUUAAACCAUGGUUAGUUGUGUCAACGCCAUUCGCUAUGCUCAGUUAUUUCUUGUUAUGGUAUGUACCUGAUAUUAGUGACGUUGCAAAACUUGUGUACUACGUUCUGAUCAUGUGCUGCAUGCAGACGUGUUUGACUUGUUACCAUCUGCCAUUCGCUGCCAUGACAAUGUAUCUUAGUAACAACCAAGCUGACAGGGACUCUGCAACAGCUUAUCGAAUGACAUUCGAGGUGUUUGGGGCUUUACUCGGGGUCGUCAUACAAGCGCAAUUUCUGACAUUUGGCAUGAAGCAGGGAGGUAGAAAGAAUCCUUGUGCCAACCUAGACAUGACUUUACCCGACAAUUUUACCAGCAUAAUGGAUCACGGGAACAGCACGUUCAAUCACACAGAAUUUGACCUCAGCACAAGUAUGCCAGAACAGUCCAAGGAAAAAGAUCCGAUGAAACUGGCUUACGUACUCGCAGCCCUUACUGCUGACUUGGUAUUUCUUGUUUGCUGUAUAGUACUGACACUUGGCACCAAAGAAAAGAAAGAUGAUGCCUUGGACAGGAGUAAGAGCGAAGGCUCCUUUUUAAGUGGAUUGAAAACUGUACUUUCCCAUGGACCAUUUAUUAAAUUACUAUUGUGUUUUAUGUGUGCAUUGCUAGCGCUGAUGAUAAUACAAGGAAAUAUGGCGUUAUAUCUUCGGUAUUCGCUCCACGUUAAAAACUUCCAAUUCAUUCCUUUAAUUGUGCCGGUGUCCGCGUGUUGUAGUAUUCCGAUAUGGCAAAAAGUAGCAGGCAAAUUCGGGAAGAAAACAACGUUGGCAAUCGCUCUCGUGUGUGAACUACCGAUGUAUUCGUUAUUAUCUGUCUUACCUGGAAAACAGUAUCUGAUAUUUCCAGUAUAUAUUAUAUUGGGUUGCCUUGGAGGUGUAAUGAUCCUUCUUCCAUGGUCGAUGAUUCCUGACGUCAUAGAUGAUUUCACAAUAAAGACAGGGAUGCGAAAAGAAGGAAUAUUUUAUUCCUUUUAUGUGUUCUUCACUAAGUUUGCCGUAGGAAUGGCCUUAGGCAUGUCAACGCUCGCCUUGGAGUUUACUGGAUAUAAAUCCGGUGCAUGUGUACAACCACGUGCGGUAGGUGUGACAUUAAGAGUACUGGUAUCAGCACCAUCAUCAGUGUUACUAGUAUUAAGUCUAUUUUGUCUACGGCAAUACCCAAUAACAGAACAAACACGGGAAGAGACCAGAUCACAACUACAGAAAUUAAGGGAAAAAAACAGGUCGACUCAGUCCCAAGACCCGAAGCUUAAAGUGGAAAAAAUACCAGGAGGGGAAAGUGACGUGAACGAAAAUGGAUACUCAUUUUUUCUAUUCCGACAAAGUUACUACUCAAGUUCAUCUGCAGAGGGCUUAUCCAAUCUGUAA